GUGAAUUACAAGUUCUCUAGAGGCCUUCCUUAAAACGAACAUCCAAAAAUAGGGUGCGAACGCCCAAGUGCAUCCAGCGAUCUGACCCCCCAGUCACUUCCUUAAAGGGGGCUUCCCGGGCUGGGCAAUGGAGUGCUGGGGACACGACCUUCAGAUCAAUCAACUUUUCUGUCUGGGAAGCGCCGCCACCCAAAGCUGGGGGUGGGGGGAGACGGCGAUUUUGGCAGGCUGGUGCACGCCGCCUUAUUUAACUUGUGCUAAGCGCAACGCGUCCAGCGCUCGCUCAGGGUUGUCGCCACUGCCGCCACGUUAGCCAAGACGCGCACAGCGAAAGCCCAGCACGCCAUGAAACUCGGUCUUUCUCGCCCCCUGCCUCAGCCCAGAUCUCUUUCCCGGCCAGUUUGCAUGCAUUGUCUGUCUCCCAAAAUGGUUUGCGAGACGAAAAUCGUGGCAGAAGAUCAUGACACCAUCCCCGGCUCCAAGAAAGACACAGUGAUCGUGUCCUCCUCCCAGAUGUGGCCCUCGCUCUCCGGCGGCUCAGCGCCCUCCCCGGCGCCUCCUAUGCCGCCCCCCAGCACGGCGGCCGGUGAGGUGGCGGGUGAAGAUGGUAAAAAGGACCACGUUUGCAUCCGCGAGUUCCACCCUGCAGAGCAAGACACGGUGCGCCGCAUCUUCUAUGACGGCAUCAUGGAGAGAAUCCCCAACACGGCGUUCCGGGGCCUGAAGCAGCAGCCGUUCACGCAGCUGAUGUAUGUGCUUCUGGCGUUGCUGUGCUUUGUACUGACCAGAUGUCUGUUACUCACCUGCUUCGUGCCUGUCUUCCUUCUGGCCAUGAGGUAUUACUACAGCCGGAAGGUGAUCCUCACCUACCUGGAGUGUGCGCUGCACACGGACAUGGCUGAUAUCGAGCAGUACUACAUGAAGCCUCCGGGUUCCUGCUUUUGGGUGGCUGUCCUGGAUGGCAACGUGGUGGGGAUCGUGGCGGCGCGGGGCAGCGAGGACGAUAACACGGUGGAGCUGCGCCGAAUGUCGGUCGACUCGAGGUACCGAGGCAAGGGCAUUGCCAAGGCCCUGGGCCGCAAGGUGCUCGAGUUUGCUGUGCUCAACAAUUACUCCUCAGUGGUGCUGGGCACUACCGCCGUCAAAGUGGCUGCCCACAAGCUGUAUGAGUCCCUGGGCUUCAAGCACAUGGGUGUCGUGGAGCACUACGUCCUUCCGGGAAUGACGCACUCCCUGGUGGAGAAGAUGUUCUUUCAGCUUCGCUACCACCGCUAUCGCCUACAGUUACGUGAGGAAUAAAGAUGACGCCCUUUCAACAGCCGGAAAAACCAAACCCAACCCAACCCAACCCAAGCGUUCUCACUCAGCCCAACCCAAUGAUUCUCCUGCCUGGUUUCCAAACGCUUAGCCCAGCACUUUCAUGGAUUGUGGUUUGUUUGUUUUUAAGUUGUAUGGUUUAUGUGGCU